AUGGAUUCCAAUCAGAAUGGCUCCGUCGGACAUGAUCUCCAACAGUCGGUGAAAAUGUCGCCGGGCCUGCAACAACAGCAGCAGCAGCAGAUUCCGUUCCUGCGUACACCGCAAAUUCACCAGCCUGCACUUCAGAUCGAUCCCGAGAUGUACCAGUUCCAGCAGGAGAAUUGCAUCACGGAAAUGUUCCGCCAACAGCAAGAGGUUAUGCAGAGACAGCAGGAAGCUAUGCAACAGCAGCAGUUGGCCUUCAUGAAGCAACAGGAGCAGCUCAUGCGCAACAUUAUGACGUCGAUCCAGGCGCAGGUGCCACCGAAUACGGAGGCGAUAUUGGAGUCGCUUGCGAAUCACAUCAAGGAGUUCCACUUCGAUCCGGAUGGCAGCGUGACGUUCGCUGCUUGGUACAAGCGGUACGAAAAUUUGUUUGAGAAGGAUGCCAGUCGUCUUGACAAGGAGGCGAAAGUACGCUUGCUGAUUCGUAAGCUAGGAAUGUCCGAACACGAGAGGUAUGUAAGCUUUAUUUUACCUAAAACACCGAAAGAUUUUUCAUUUGAGGAGACGGUGUCGAAGCUAACCUCGUUGUUCGGGGCAUCCGAGUCAGUCAUCAGCCGCAGGUAUCGCUGCCUACAUAUCUCGAAGCAGCGUGGAGAGGACUAUGUCACGUAUGCUUGCCGGAUAAAUAAGUCGUGCGUGGAGCUCGAACUUACGAAGCUGUCGGAAGAACAGUUUAAAUGUCUGGUUUUCGUCUGCGGGCUUAAGUCGGAGCGGGAUGCGGAAGUUCGAACCAGGCUUUUGACGCGUAUCGAAGAGAAGUGUGAUGUGACGUUGGAGCAGUUGUCGGAGGAGUGCCAUCGCUUGCUGAACUUGAGGCACGACGCAGCAAUGAUCGAGGAUCAGACUGGCUGUGUGAAAGCGCUGAAAUCCAGACAGCAUCCUGGAAGGUUCCCAGCAAGUCAGUCGAAGCAGGGCUCGAAGGACGGCUUUGAUUCCAGAAGCAACGCGAGUGGGCCCAAAUCAGCUUGUUGGCUCUGUGGUGCUAAUCACUAUGCCAGGGAUUGUUCGUUUAAGAACCACAAAUGCAGUGAUUGUGGUACGGUCGGACAUAAGGAGGGAUACUGCCAUAGUGCUGGGAAAGCGAAGUUCAGGAGGUCCGAUCGACGAAAAGGAAACGCCGCUGCGAAGGUGGUGACGGUGAACGCCUGUAGUGCAACGAAGUGCAGGAAGUAUGUACCAGUGGACAUCAACGGUUCAUCGGUUCGCCUGCAACUAGACACAGGGUCUGACAUUACCAUCGUUUCAAUGGGAACGUGGCGCAAAAUCGGAAGCCCUUCGUUGUGUGCGCCAACGAUCGUCGCAAAGACAGCUGCUGGAAAGAUUUUGAACAUCGAAGGCGAAUUUUCUUGCGUGAUGAUGAUCAACGGUAUGAAAUCGGAGGGUACAGUGCGAGUUUCGAGAGCAACUUCAACUCAUCGGGUCCGAUAUGAUGGAAGUGUUUGGACUGUGGUCGGUACCCUUCAAUGCGAUUUGCUGCCAGGUCGGUAG